AUGGCGAUCUUGUCCGAAAAGUUAGUUCCCUAUUUUUUAUGUGUAUAUCAUUUAACAAGAGAUGAAGCAAUUGAUCACAAGACGGCUUAUUCCACGGUGUUCUUUGGUCAAACGGUUCAAAUCAUUUGGGACGGCACAUACUUCUACAUAAAUAAAAGCAGCGAUCACUCAUUUCAAAGAGCAUCAUACUCUGGUCAGAAACAUCGCCAUCUACUAAAGUUCAUGUCAAUGUGUUUGCCCGAUGGUUAUUGUCUUGAUAUUCGAGGUCCAUUUUAUGAAAAUAAAAAUGAUGCUAGUAUUUCUGAUUAUAUAGUUUCUACCAAAAAAGAACUCGAAGGAUGGUGCGAAAACGACGACGUGAUGAUUUGCGAUCGGGCUAAUCAACUAGUGCCGAAACUAGAACAAUGUAUUAGAAUUACCGCUGCUGCUUUGAAUAAAUACAGAGGCGCUAUAGUACAGAACAAAAAUAGUGAGGAAGAUAAAAAACUCGCAGAACUGAUGAAAAGCUACGUAGCACAAAACAAUACUCUAUUAGAACAAGUUGCGUCUGGCAAACUGAACGCACGUCAGAGAUGGUUGCCAAUCGGUUCAAUUGAUUUUGACUUUCCCGAGAUGGAUUUAGAUGAUCUUAGAAAACUAUUUUUCGGCUGUUACCAAAUUAAACAAACUACAACAUAUGCCGAAGAGCAUUUAGAUGUCCAUGGCGACUUCGCUAUUCAAGUUUCGCGUGAAAGAGAUGACAUAACACGCUGUGCUAUAAAAAGUCGCCAUAGUAAUGCUGUCAAAUACUAUGUAUGGAUUGAAUAUUCGUUCACAGGAAAAUCUAUUUUAUCCUGGUACUGUCAAUGCAAAACUGGCGCAAGAACUGCCAGUGAGUGUGCACAUAUCGCAAUGCCUAUAAGGUACCUUGCCUAUGCGCGUCACAAUGAUUUUUCACCGGCGAAAGGCAGACAAAGGAUUAAACAAGCCAUAGAGGAACUACAAGGUGAAAGCGACAGCUCAGGGACAGAAAGCGAUUAG